AUGUCUGUUCAAGCCUACGACCCCCCGCUUAUCAGCACCUUCCACCAGUGCGACCCUGCAGCCCACGUCUGGAAGCAUGAUCCCAACACUGUAUACAUCUAUGGAUCCCACGACUGGAACUCGACCAGGCAGCCCCCGGUGCAAUACGACAUGAAGGAUUACUAUGUGCUUACCCAGACCGAUUACACCAAGCCUGCCACAGUCGGACCAAAGCUUUUGGACCUUGUGGACAUCCCAUGGGCGACACAGCAACUCUGGGCUCCUGAUGCGACUGAGAAGGAUGGACAAUACUACCUGUUCUUCCCAGCCAAGGACAAGGAUGAUGUCUUCCGCAUCGGAGUGGCCAAAUCUGACAAGCCGGACGGAAAAUUCAAGCCCGAGCCCAACCCGAUUGCCGGCACCUACAGCAUUGACCCCACAAUCUUGGAAGACAAUGGCAACUACUACAUGGUAUGGGGCGGACUGUGGGGUGGCCAGCUUCAAGCAUGGACCAACAACGUCUUGAACACAUCCCUAUUCGGUAACAAUGCUCCUACUUCCGGCCCAGCCAUCGGACCCCGUUUCGCCAAGCUCUCGGCUAACCUCACCUCUCUCGCCACCACACCAAAGGAACUCGUCAUCUACGACCAGGACGGCAAGGUCAUGCAGGCAGGCAGCACGCGCCGCUUCUUCGAGGGCCCAUCUCUGAACAAGGUCGGCAACCUCUAUGUCCUCCAGUACUCUACCGGCACCUCGCACACUGUUGAAAUCGCUACCGCUACCAAGCCUGACGGUCCUUACUACUGGAAGAGCACGCUUCUGCAGCCUGUCAAGGGAUGGACUACCCACGAGUCGAUUGUCAAGUUCAAGAAUGACUGGCUUCUUUACUACGCUGAUGCCUCGCUUUCUGGCCGUGAUGAUCUCCGCAACACCAAGGUCAGGAAGAUCUUGUUUGAGAAUGGCACCUUCAAGCUUGCUCAGCCUCAGCCUGUCAUUCCUAGCUCUUAA